AUGUCUGGAGAAAAAAGAAGAGAACGGUAUCGCCGUAGAAAAGGCCGCAGGCCAUAUGAAAGAAGGCCGUACGGACAUUCGCAGGAAGAGCGAUAUUUUGUGCCGUACGAAAGCAACAGAAGAACUCCGUGGGAAAAUACCCCGCAGAGACGCCCCCGCGAGAGAGACGCACUCGCGAGCGAGCACAUCCAGAGAAGAGAUGCAGCCCGGAAUGGGGCGCAGAUGGAGAAAUGCUCGCGGGAGAAGGAAGGACCCGAGAUCGCAGUCCACGCAGAAGCACCUCUUCAGCCCGCUCCAAAGAGCGAGUCCCUGGAAGAGGCCGACGUCGAGGAGUACGUGAGCAUAGAGGAGAUAAACGACCUGUCCGUGGACUACAGCCGAGCAAGCCUGCAAAAAGAGGAGAGGGAAAGUCCGGGGGAGAGGGAAAGAGAAAGUUCGGGGGAGGAGGAGAAAUUCCCCAGCGGAGCCAUCGAGAAAGAAGUUGGCCUGAGCGCGCCCCGAGAAGAAGCCGCCCCAAGCGUAUAUACGUACUUGAUGGCGAAGUACAGGGUGGAGCAGGAGGAGACAAAAAGACUCGCGGAUGAGAGGGCGGGGAGAGACUGCGCGUACACGGAGGCUCCGCUGAAGGAGGAGAUAAACCGGUGGGCGAACAACAAAAAAAUGAAGCUUUUGGGAAACGACAGAGAAAUAAUAGCAGAGUCCAUCACGACAGCGCACGACAGAAGCAAAAUCAACGAGGCAGCAGUUCCGGAGAUGGAGAAGAGCAGGCCCGUGUGCUACGUAUAUAAUGACGCCCUGAGAAACGUGGAGGAGAGGCACAGGAGGGGAUUGGGCGUGUACCUGUACGCAGGAGACGCGGAGAUGCUGAGAAAGGCAUUUAUGCAGACGGGGAAAAACUUCCGCAUAAUUCGAGAGAAGUACCUCCCGUGGCACUCGCACAAGGAAAUAGUGCGGAUAUACUACAGGCUCAAGUACGAGCUCAGGCUGAAGGGGUGCAUAGCAGUAGCUGCUGACCCCAGAAGGAUGCCGGAUAAGGAGGUCCUGGAGGUGGUCGCGAGAGACUGGACAGAGCAGGACAGAGAGAUCUUCUGCAACCUGCACAGUGAACUCGGGAAGAAGUGGAAGGAGUAUCUGAAGUACUUGAAGGGGAAGACGGAGAAUGACCUCAAGAUAUUCUACAGGUACUACAAGAAGUACGUGGCCAGGAAGAAGGAGGAGAAGAAGGAGAAGGAGGAGAAGAAGGACGAGGGAAUUGGCCAGUGGAAGGUCCAUGAGAGGCAGACAUUUGCGCUCCUCUUCCCGCAUAUAGGGAAGAAUUGGGGCGUACUCGCGAACUAUAUUGUGACGAAGACAGCGAAUGAGAUAAGGAGCUACCACAGAGUGUACUACAAGAACCUGCGCGCAGGGGAGCGAGUGCUGGAGAUAUACUUGAAGGACAUCGGAGACAGAAAGAUACGCACAGAUCCGCUCCCCCUGCAGGAGCUCGCAGGGCACAAGCAGAAGCACUGCAGAUAUGCCGGAGUGCUCUUUUCGGGGAGAUGCAACGGCGCAUUGUAG